GUCGAGAUAUAAUAUUAAAGAAUCUAUGCAUCACUUUCGAAGGUAGGACCCCCCUCAGGCUGACCGAAGCUAUAUAUAUCGUUGCUAAUGUGUUGGGAAUAUGUAUAGGAAUCGCAAAAGCAACGAUUUGGGAACCGAAUAUCGAGAGACGAACAGGCUGCCCUUGCACCACGCAGAGAUUCAUGCGACUUGACCAGCCCGUUGACGAGCCGUUGUUGUCCGAAGGGAUGGUGUUGGAACCAGGAAGAACAUACCGACUCCCGUUCUUGUUCGUGGUUCCUUCAGGGCUACUGCCACAAGCGUGUCAGCAUCCGUGCGAACACGCUGAAAUAAAGUGCCAUCAUCUAAAUCUACCACCCAGUCUUGGUCUGGGAUUCUAUCCCAAUCCCAAGGGAAAGAAUUGCUUCUCGCCCAGUCUAGAGCCUGAUACGGCAUCAAUUGCCUAUGCCAUUCGAUUUAAAGCCACCGAAGUCAACCCAAAGACGAACCUACCAAUUACCUCCGCCGACAGAACACACAAAAUCCACGUUCUCCCGAACUUGCCUGAGAUGCCGCCCAUACUCGUCCCUGGAGACAGCACAGCCUAUCAACUAUCGAAGGAGAUUGUUGUUAAAGAGCUGAACGGGGGGAAACUGGGCCGUCUCACUGCGACGGCAAGCCAGCCGAAAGCUAUUCAGCUAGGCCAAAUCCACUCCCGGCCCAUGCAACCCACGCCAACAAUGCUGACUAUCGAUCUUGACUUUCUUCCUGCAAAUCACAAUCAGUUCCCGCCAAGGCCAAAGAAAGUCCAAAGCAAGCUGAAUGCCGUGACUCAUUUCGGCAUUGAGCCGUAUGAAGAUCUGCCUGACCGGAUCCAACAGAGAGAUUUGUAUCCUCUUCAUCGUUCAUUUUGUCGAAAUAUUUCACUCCCAUCCCUGGAUACCACGUCGGUGCAUUGGGAAAAGCGGUGUCCAGGAGUAGACGUCACUGCUUCCGGCGAGAAGAAAAGUGCUGUCUAUACAGCAUCUAUCUCCUUGCCAAUCGUACUGCCCGAGACCGUGGUGUAUACUCCAACCUUCUUCUCUUGCCUGAUAUCUAGAACGUACUCGUUAAAAGUCGAUGUCUCUUUCAACGUCCGUCAUAAAGUGCCAUUUGCGUCGAAAGUCUCUUUAACGAUACCCAUCCAAAUCUGCUCAGAUAUUGCUUCGGAGCAGCGUUGAGGCACAUAUUCUUGUCAGUAAUACCGUAUAUAGCCUUUUCAAAGAAAUAUAUGUUGGAGAGUCUCAGGCUCCGAGAUGCCCCGCUCCGAUUGGCCGCGCUAGCGAGCCCACACUGAUCACGGUGAUGGAGCGAGGCCUCUCUCCCAUCACCAAUGAUCAGGAGAGAUAGCUAGGAAUACAGCACAGUACCAACUAUCAUGUUCCUUUUCGGCCAUAGCCUGACCCACAAUAUACAACAUUCUCCGAACCAGUAGAUUACUCCGGAGUACGGACGGCUUACAUCGGCAGUAGCGGAUCAUCUGGAAAAGGCACAUGAUAACUAACUACUGUUAGCGAA